AUGGUCAACAGAAGGGUGUUCUAUGAAUUCCACAGAGAAUGCUGUUGGUUGUCUGUGUCCUCGGGAGCUAUCUAUGCCUUCAUUGUCCCUGUUAUUCUUAUAUUCUUGCUAAAUGUUUGUAUAAUUGUGUCAUUGUUACGGGUUAUGUUUUUGACAACAAAAAUGAAGAAAGCUGAGAUUAAGGAAAAGGCCAGAAAGGCCCUAAGGAGUGUAUGUACUCUUGUUCCUGUUCUCGGAAUCACGUGGAUUUUUGGAAUCUUUGCCAUUAAUGAGGAUCUUGUAGCAUUUCAGUAUAUAUUUACCAUUGCAAACUCAAUACAGAUUAGAAAAGCGUUACAGGCAAAGUAUCCAUUCUUGAAACGAAAACGAGACAAGUCAGCUUACAAAGAGAAAGAUCACAGAGUGGUAUCCUCCACAGCCUCUGAGAAUUCCACUUCAAACACACAGACAAUGGCAUUGGUUCCUGCUGGUUAUACGGAAUGUAUUGAAGGAGGUAAAAUUCUCACUCAGACAGAGACCAAAAAACACUCUCAAACUGAACAAAAAGUCAAAAUGUUUGAAUCGAAGUUCUCGUCGAGUAAUGGUUUAACUGAAAAGAGCAGACAAGAGGAAAUUAAAUGGGGCGGUGGAGCAGUUUCUAUACAAUCUCAGGCCCACUCCGAGGGAUACGAGGAAGUAAGACUUAGCAGGGAGGUUAGGGUGAGGCAGACUAAGAUGACUCAGUUGACGGUAGGAAACAGCACGCUGCAGAAUAAAAUUCAUUUUAUAAAAAAGGAUGACGGAGUUGUAAAUGCAAAAUACUAUUGUGAAAAUACCUGGAAAGCCAACCAGAAUAACGGAUUCUGUUACAAGUUCGUUCCAGAAGUUCAAAAAUGGAAGCAAGCAAGACAGAACUGUACAAAUCAGAGUGGAUUUCUGGUGUCCGUGACAGACGAAAAUGAGCAAAACUUUAUUGUGAAAGGUAAACCGUUCUCUACAUCAAGGUGUAUAGCGAUGAUCGGGGCGUCUGGAUUUAAUUGGUCAGACCAGUCCUGUGAAGACCCCAAUCCCUUUAUUUGUGAGAAGCCAGCAAAACUAAUAAAUUUUGAAGGCAAACCAAACAUCGUCCAACUGGAACCAAACAAACUCACCUUGAUCAGUUUUCCCCCAUUUUACGACCUACUACAGCCAUUCCUAUUUCCCCCUUAUGAAAAAAAUUUAACCUGUGCUUGGAAAAUUUUACCACCAAGUGGGUACAAGAUUGUCAUAGAUUUUGAUUUAUUGUGUAACGAUGAUUUGAGGGCAUUUCCAGUAGAAAGUGUCUGUGAUCCAGAAGGAGUUCCAUUAAUGGCUUCAUCUCAAAAGCAAACCCUAACAUCCCCAGACUUUCCGCUUCAGAAAGCAUCAUCGUGUGUAUGGACUAUAGUAGCCACAGCAAAGGAAUCUAAUAUAUAUGUACAGUUAAGAUACCUCAACAUCAGCAAUGGUGGAGAACUUCAAAUCUGGAACUUUGCUCGGAUGCUUUCUGUGUUUACAAGUUCAUCUGUAUUAGACGAUUCCAAGACUUUGGUGUACCCCGGAGAAAAGAUUACUGUGAAUUACACCAAUCCAGCCUCACACGCUGGACACCAUGGCUUUUCACUGGUCUAUUUUACGGAUAAAGAAAGCGUUGAGAUUUGCAGUCAAUCUUUAAUUUCAAAGGACCUGUCUGAAUAUGGAAUUAUCAACCCCGAAGAAAAAUUCUUGAUUUUUUCAGUGAAAGCCUCAAAUUAUAUUUCAUUAGAAUUGCAUAAUUUAGUUAUGAUUGAACUGCUGUCGACAUCUGGACAAGGUUUUUUCAUUACAUUUUAUUCAAAUUACUUUUCCCCUCAUUCUUGCAUAAGAAAGACAAAUGUAUCAGAACCAUGUUUGGAGAGAUACGAUGGUAUAAAUCUAAAUAGCGGAAAUUUUCAAAGUUUCUGGAUUUCUUGGUUUGAUGCACUUAAGGUGGGACGCGGAAGAAUACAAGGAGAAGACGUCAUAAUGGAUUAUCGAAUGUACAAUCCUAUGAUUGUUAAUUUCUCAUCGAUUCAAACUGAUAUUGACAGAAGUUGGAAAUUUUUUGGCUAUAAUUCAAGGACUGAUUUCGUGGAGAUAUGCCUCACUCCAAGGAAUUCCUUCGAGGCUUUUCAUGGACUGUGGGAUCACAAUUUACCCGUUCGAGGGUACAACUACUUAACAUUCUCUGUCAAGAUCUGUGAACGUGCGAUUAUUUGGUUCAAAACAACGGAUGGGGCAUUUAUGCAGAUUGGGAUAGACAACCCUAUAACAGAGGGAAUUUUAUAUAUCUCCUGCAUCAGGUUUGACAUGAAUUUAGGUAACAUCUCCGACUGUAUUUCUGAUGUAUAUAACGGCAAACUUUUAAAUUGUACCGAAUUCAGUGAAUUUUGGAUUUCCUGGGGAAGAAAUACAAGCCUGCAAAUAGGACAGGGUAAAAUCGUUGGAAAUAAUACCAUCAUCAGCGAUUUCACUAAUUUAACUCCGGUUGAAAAUUCGUUCCUGAUUGGAAUUGAUUUCCGUUUUGGAAUCCCUACCUCAUCUUUAUGGCGAUUUGAUCGACCAAAUCCAUUGCCAGAAAUCAUCAAUAUAUCCAAAAGGGAAGUGAUUCCUUCCACACAUGAAGUUGAAGGCACUGCACUUACCAUGUCAGUGGACAUUAAUGUCAUCUUUGAAUUUGAAGUGAAAUGGUUCAGAAACGGAACUUACGUCACACAGUCCUCUGGUAGAUACUUGAUCCGCCAAUCGUUUAUAAAUGUGAUGAAGUGCUCACUUACAAUCUUAGAGUUAAAUCUUCAAGAUGAAGCCAGCUGGACCGUCAGAGUCUCAAACAAUAAUUCGGAAGCUACCACCAACUUUGAUAUAAAGGUGAAGCCAGGAAUUCACCUAGAGAUUUUACCGCACUACCGAGUAGCAAUUCAAACAGGAAGUUCUCUAGAUCUUACUUGUAAUAUAACAAAUCUGGAAGCUUUUGAGGGGUUUCCAAUAAACGUUUCUCUGUUGAAGUGGUACAAAGACGGCAUUAGACUAAGAGAAGGAAACUCUCUGAUUACUGUCAUGACACAUCGUUCCUCUAGAAUACUUCAGAUCCAUUCGGUUCAGAAAAGUGACCAAGGCACCUAUACCUGUAACCAUGACAGAUAUCGGGUUUCCGGAGUGAUGAAUGUAAUGGUGGACGUUUAUAACCAGGGGCAAACUGUUUGUACUUCCUCAAAGGAUAUCUACGGAAUUCUAUGGCCAACAUCAUUUCCUGGAACGUUGAUACAUUCCGAGUGCCAAGAUGGUCAACAAGGAAAUGCUAGUAGAUAUUGUGAUUAUAAUGGCACUUGGAAGAAAACAAGUGUAUUGAACUGUGUGGAUGUAGGACUUUUCAAUGCCUUCAAAGAGCUUCAGAUCCUUGAAAACGAAGGAAUUGUUGAUAAAAAGUAUAUUGAAGAAAUAUUUGAAAGUUCCUUAGGCACAACAGAAAAUUUAACUGCUUCUAAGACUGGUAUCUCUUCAGGAAAUCUACUGGUCUCUAUAAAUAUCCUUAAUACCGUUCUCAAUAUAGCGUCAGGAAGCAACGCUUCUUUACCAGAGAAAGUUGUGUAUAACAUUCUGGACAAUAUUGCAGUGACGAACAAUAAGGAAUCAUGGAAGCUUGUUGAAGAAGAGACACAGCGUGGACCAAUUUCGGUUUUAGAAACAAUGGAUCGGAUGAAUUUACUACUUUUAAAUGAGUCAAAAUCUGUGGAAUUCAGAGGAGAAAACAUCAUUGUCAAUAUCAACAAUGUUACAUUGAAGGAAUCAGGACUAAGAUUUUUGGAAAAUGGUUCAUUUUUCGUUCUUCCAAAACAAGGACAUUUUCAAGGCACCGAUUAUGCUGCUGUUCUAUACAAGACGAUGUCUCAAUUUUUACCAUCUAGAACCAGCGCCUUUGGCCCAGAAAAUGAUCUGGUUAUCAACUCGGUGAUUUUGGCAUUAACGCUGGAGAAGCCCUUCUUUCCUUUUUCACCUCCUCUAACGCUGACGUUUGAACACAAGAAAGAAAGAUUAAGAGAAGCAAAAUGUGUUUUCUGGGAUUACACCUUAUUUAACAAUGCCGGAGGAUGGUCAACAGAAGGAUGUUCUAUGAAUUCCACAGAGAAUGGUGUGACGGUCUGUCUGUGUAACCACACUACAAACUUUGCUGUUCUAAUGAGACCUUAUACACCGGAAAAAGAAGACUCUGCCCUGGUGGUUAUAUCCAUUGUCGGUUGUGUUAUGUCUAUGCUGUUUGGUCUACUUACUGUAGCUGUCUUCAUUAUUAGUUGGAAACACAUCAAAAGUGAAAAGAAUGUGUUGAUAGUCUGUCUGUGUUUAUCUCUCUUCCUUGCAUACCUCAUACUACUGGUUGGAGUUGAUAAAGCACAAGAUAAGGCUACAUGUGUUGCAGUUACCUUUUUCCUUCACCUUUUCCUUCUGCUUACCUUCUUUUUGAUGUUAGGAGUAGGAUUAUACUUCUUUAUGAACGUCACUGUGUUAUUUUAUGCCAUGGCCAUCACCAACAGAUUUAACUCACGAUCGAGGCUUAAAUUGGUUCUUGGGACAACUACUUGUAUUCCUUUGGUUAUCGUACUUACUACUCUGGGAAGCUGUUGGGAGACACAGUACCACGCCGAGAAAUUCUGCUGGUUGUCAGUGUCCUCGGGAGCUAUCUAUGCCUUCAUUGUUCCUGUUAUUCUUAUAUUCCUGCUUAACGUUUGUAUAAUUGGCUCAUUGCUUCGAGUGAUGUUUCUGACGACUAAAAUGAGGAAAGCUGAAUUUAAAGAAAAAGUCAGAAAUGCCUUAAAGAGCGUAUGUACUCUUGUUCCUGUUCUCGGAAUCACGUGGAUUUUCGGAAUUUUUGCCAUUAAUGAAGAUGUUGUAGUGUUUCAGUAUAUAUUUACUAUUGCAAACUCAAUACAGGGAUUGUUGAUAUUCGUCACGCAAGUCUUGCUGAAUAAAAAGAUAAGGGAUGCGUUACAAGAAAAAUACCCAUUUUUAAAGAGAGAAAGAGACAAAUCCACUGACAAGGAGAAAGAUCAAAGAAUAGUAUCAACAACAGGGUCAGAAAAUACUAUCUCAAACACGCAGAGAACAGGGCUUAUUAAUUCUAGUUAUGUGGAUUUUAAGGACCCCGAGGAGGAGUUGGGGAGUAAUGUACAGCUCCAUACAGAACAGACUGGAUCAUGGACAGCUAUUCGACAUACAGAUGCGGAAACUCACCUCCAAGAAGCUUCAUUGGAAACACAAACGGAGCCCGGAAAAAUGUGGGGAAAUAACACAUAUCUUAAAGCAGAUGAGAAAACACAAAUGACAGUUAAUGGAAGUGGGGUUAUCGACAAUCAACUUUACUCGACCUCAGUGGAAUCACAAGUCCUCAACGAACUGACAGAAAAUGAAAUACAACUUCAAACAGGAACAGAGAAUUUAAACCUGAGGACGAUAAAUAAACAUUCAGAUGAUGAAGACCAUCUUAACAUGACCACAACGGAAACGCGAGAAAAUGAUGUACAAAUCAAUACAGAAGAUAAUUUGAGGACAGUUAAAGAAUGUACAGUUACCGAGAAUCCUUUCUUGACCUCAGUGAAAACUCAGGCUAGGGAAAAUAGGAUUCUGAGUCGGACAGACAUAACAAACCAAUCUCAACCUGAACAAAGAACUAUAAAGUUCGGAUCGACAUUCUCCUCGACAGAUAGUCUAACUAAAAGAAGUAAACAAGCGGAUAUGAAAUGGGGCGGUGGGGAAAUUAAAAGUAAAUCACAAAUCCAGCCAGGGAGACGACAGGGAUUGGAAAUUAGACUGUCCAACUCAGUAAGAGCGAGACAGAGAAAAAUGACACAGUUUUCGAUCGUAAGAAAAAGUUUUGUAACAAAAGAGAUCAUUCUAAAGAACUAA